AUGGAUGGUCCUGUAAGGAGGUUUCACAGGAUGUACAUAUGCUUUGCAGCAUGGAAGGAGGGUCGGAUGAAGGGUUGCAGGCCUCUUAUAGGCUUGGAUGGUGCUCACCUAAAGGGGCAUCACCUUGGACAACUUUUAACAGCCAUUGGCAUCGAUGAUAACAAUGGGAUAUUCCCAAUUGCAUUUUCCAUAGCAGUGGUUGAGAACCAAGAGACUUGGACAUGGUUCCUUCAAUAUCUGAAGUGGGAUAUCAAAAUAAAAAGGGACAACAAUUACACAUUUAUGACUGAUAAGCAAAAGAGGCUGGGAAAUGCCAUUGCAGGUUUAUUUCCAAAUGCAGAGCAUAGGCACUGUGUUAGGCAUCUCUACAAUAACUUCAAGGCAAAGCAUCCAGGUGAGGGGCUUAAACAGCUGGUUUGGAAUGCUGCCAGAUCAAGUACUGUGGUCUGGUAUAACAGACACAUGGAGGAGCUGAGGGUGUUGAAUGAGCAAGCAUGGAGGUGGUUUGAAGACAAGAACCCUGCACAGUGGAGUAGGGCCUAUUUCAGAGAUGAGUCCAAGUGUGACAUCCUGCUAAACAACUUGUGUGAGUCCUUUAAUUCAACCAUACUACAUGCUAGGGAUAAGCCUAUUAUCACUAUGUUGGAGAUUAGGAUGGACUUGAUGGUUAGGAAUGCAAAUAGAAGGGUUGCUUGUGAGAGGUGGAAGGAUUUAGUUGGUCCUAUGAUUAAAAAGAUAUUAGACAAGAUUGGGCAGAGGGCUACAUGCUAUAAAGCUCAUAGAAGUGGGGAAUUUAUCUUUCAAAUUACUGGAAGUGGUGACAUGGGCAGUAAGCAUGUUAUAGAUUUAGGACUCCAUACAUGCACCUGCAAGAGGUGGCAGCUCAGUGGGAUACCAUGUGUGCAUGCUAUAUGUGCAAUCAGGUUCAAGAAGCAGGAGACAGCCCUAUACUGUGAUGACUACCUCAUGCCUUCAUCUUAUUUGGAGUCCUACAACCCAAUGAUAUAUCCAAUUGCAGGGGAGGAUGACUGA